UGGUCCAAAACACAAUAUCGGGUCCUGUGUGGCAGGUCGUUUGCGGAAAUGACAAAUGACACUCAUCUCCUCGUCGAUAAGGAUUGGACGUUAAAUCCUCAAAUGAUAUUUGUGCUGGCGCGGCUAUUUUCAGGCGCAAUAUUAUUGAACACCAACAAUGGUGAAGCUGUCAUAGUCAACACAGUAGAGGCCUAUGCAAGAACCCUUUGGCUGGACGCACACCAUGAGCCUCUCAAGACCUCGAAGGGAAUUGCAUUGGAGACCUCACUGCCAGGCGUCAAGGGCAAGGAUCGAUAUAAAGGAUUCCGGCCUAUUACGAUGAACAGUGGUGAUGGUUGCCAGCUUGUGAUCGGGGCUUCAUUUGCAAACCUCCUUGUGACAUCCUCUUUACGGCUUGAUAAUAAGAAUGUAGGAAGUGCUUGUUCUGUAGGAGGGAUAACAGCAUCCUUUGUAAUCAGCAGUGUGAAGGAUUCCCAAGCAAUUAGGAUCUAUCUGGAUGAAGAAAGCAUUGAAGCAGCCAGGGCCCUAGCACUGAACACCGACAGUUGGGGUGUGCAAGAGAGUGCCAUCGUGUACCAGCUUCGUCAACUAAGGACCAAGUUUCACGAGGCGUCCACGUUUAUGUUCUGCAGAGCAUCAGGUCCUCUUACAAACCUGCACCCAUUCAUGCCAUAUACUGUCUUCACCAUAUUUGAC